UUGAAGACUGGCACUCCUGCAAGCCAUAAAAAUAGAAAUAGAGGGAGAAGAGAAGUUGUAUAGCUUUUCCAAUUUGAAAAAGAAAAGGAACUGAAAACGUUUUCGACACGAAACAAUGGCACAACAGAAUCAGCCACAUUUCUCCAUAAGGGCAGAGAAUAUAAAACCAACAUUGAAUAAAUAUCAAAAUGAGUCCGAGUGCCCUCUUUACAAAAAGCAGGGAGAACACGGCAUCCUGCUGCCUCACCUUCAGAGCCACGAACCCCGCCUUGUAAAGUAAUGCAGUUACAGGACAGAAUGCCCCGAAUUGAGAACGAUAUCAAGCUGGACUUCAAGGAUGUCCUCCUUCGCCCUAAAAGGAGCACCCUCAAGUCUCGAAGUGAGGUGGAUCUGAUGCGUACAUUCAUAUUCCGAAACUCCAAGCAGUCUUACACAGGCAUUCCAAUCAUAGCAGCCAACAUGGACACAGUGGGGACCUUUGAGAUGGCUUGUGCUCUGCAAAAGUUUAGUCUCUUCACUGCAAUCCACAAGCACUAUUCAAUAGAGGAGUGGAAACAGUUUGCCAAGUCCAACCCAGAUUGUAUUGAACACGUGGCAGCUAGUUCAGGGACUGGUCAGGGAGACUUUGAGCGGUUAUCUGAGAUUUUGGAAGCAGUCCCCAACAUCCGCUAUAUAUGCCUAGAUGUUGCUAAUGGCUAUUCAGAGCACUUUGUUCAGUAUGUGAAGGAUGUUCGAGCCAAAUUUCCAAGCCACACAAUUCUGGCUGGUAAUGUGGUAACUGGUGAGAUGGUUGAAGAGCUGAUCCUGUCAGGAGCAGAUAUUAUUAAAGUGGGCAUUGGACCUGGAUCAGUCUGUACCACUCGGAAGAAGACAGGUGUCGGUUACCCACAGUUGAGUGCAGUCAUUGAAUGUGCUGAUGCUGCUCAUGGGCUGAAUGGUCACAUCAUCUCUGAUGGUGGUUGCACAUGUCCCGGGGAUGUUGCCAAGGCUUUUGGCGCAGGAGCUGAUUUUGUUAUGCUGGGGGGCAUGCUGGCUGGGCACACACAAAGUGGAGGGGAGACCAUUGAAAAAGAUGGAAAAAAGUUCAAACUUUUUUAUGGAAUGAGCUCAGAGACAGCAAUGAAGAGACACGCAGGUGGUGUUGCCGAUUAUAGGGCUUCAGAAGGAAAAACAGUGCAGGUGCCUUUUAAGGGAGAUGCUGAGGAAACCAUAAAGGAUAUCCUGGGAGGGCUGAGAUCUACCUGCACUUAUGUAGGUGCCUCAAAGCUGAAAGAAUUGAGCAGAAGGACAACAUUCAUUCGAGUCACUCAGCAGCUGAACACGGUGUUUGGAGAAGGAUCACAGCAGUAACGAUUACGACAUCUGCAAAGCUUCUUAGGAAGAUACCUUGACCCCUUGCUACAUAUAUUUUAUCUUCUUAGCUGCUUUUCUGUUGCUGUUGUCAGGUUCAGCCUUUAACAUCUUAACAGUCCUAAGAUUUAUACAAGCCAAAUAACCUCUACUGUUAUUGAAGUGUUGUUCAAAUCACCGGCCCAAAUACACAAAUUCUGAAGAAUGUUCCAAACAGAAAUAGUGUACAAGUUUGAAAAUAGAGAACUUAUUUUAGACUUGUAUGCUUUCUAUUGUCUAGGCUGGGUAUUGUCAUGCCUGUUGGUUUGAUCUAUUUUACUAGAAUGCUUCCUGAAUUUUUGUGAGAUGCCUUGAUAUACAGUAUACAUAUAUGAUAACUAUAUGUAUAUGGUCAAUAGGUUCAUUAUUGUCAUGUGUUCAGAGUACAGUGAAAUUCUUAUACAUAUAUUUGUCUAUAUCAUUUUUCCAGGACAUGCAAAGGCAUUCGUUUUUUACUCCUUGUAUGCCAUCCCACUGUAGCAUGUUCUUGUUGUGAUGCAUUUUAUAUGAGAGGCCUAUUUGAUAUAAGAAUGGCAUUGUGUAUAUUUAUUUAUUUAUUUGUAUAAUGGAGCGCUGCUGGUAGGCCAGGGAUAUGGCAACAAAAACAACAGAAUGUUCUUUUCAUAUUUCCAUGCAUAUGGCAUUUUGUUCAGGGAAACAGUUGGGUUGUAAUCUCUGCUCACCAGGCAGCUAGAGUGAUGCACACUAGUUUGAGUAUCUGAUUGUGCUGUAUCUUGUAAACGAGAUAACAUCGUAAAUUAAUAAAACAUAUAAAUUCCUCACAUUAUAAUUAGUAACACUGGAUUCUGUAUUUAGGGUACUCCUACUGGCUUAAUGGUUACCCGGAGAUACAGUAUAUCGUAGGUGGAAAGCAACACUAAAACUUCACCUAUACUCUGGAGCCAUAUUUGAACUGAAGCAGCUUGAAAAACAACAUCUCUGAAAAUGUUUGGGUUAUUGUUUCCUCUUAAGAAAAGAUUUGUGGCUUACAGUAUGUUACAGUCAACUUAAAACCACAUAUUGUGUGUGUAUAUCAAUCAGUCAGUUUCCUUUACCUGUCUGAUUCACUAUCAGGGACAUACGGGAUUUUUAACUUUAUUCUGGCACCAGCUGUGAAUGGGGCACCCUUGGCCCCUGUUGAUGGCAUAUUUCACAGAACAGACCUACUCGAAUAACUAACAGACCAACUGGCCAGCUGUAUUACAGAGAACACAUUCAGGCUCACCCAGAGCAUUUCAAAGUAACGCUUGUCUAACAUAAUACAUUACAUUUGGCAUGCAGCCUCCUAACUCGGAUCGCUCCCUGCCUUGCGCCUUCAUCACUACAGCUGCUGUGUAGAUAAUGUCCUCUGGUCUGAUUUUUUUUUUUCAGUGGUGGCUGAGGAUCUGUUCAAGGUCAGUCAUUCAAAACACUUUGUACGCAUGUUUCAGUUCAGUUUAUUUACAGAUUUAGACAGGUAGCAGGGAUGUAUUUUAUAAAGCAAUGUAUUACACACAUUAUUCUGAAGUUUUUGUACUCGACUGUAAUGAGAGGUUGGAGCGUAAUAAUCCAUAAAUUGAAGACCCACUCAAGCUUUGCAAUGAGCUCUGGAACUGAGAGUUGAAAAGCAAAUGUUCUAAGACACCCUGAACUUGGGACAUUUGGCCUGACAGUGGAAAAGCAGCUAUUGAUUUGUUAGUUGCCCCUUUAAGUCAUUGAUGAUGAUCGAGGGUAUCACAGGUCACAGUAUCCUUUGUAACGAGUUAUCACAGGUCACAGUAUCCUUUGUAACGAGUCUUAACAAUUAGUACAACAGUUACCAGAAAUGCCCCGUGACCCUGUAGUUAGGAUAUAGCGGGUUGGAUAAUGGAUGAGUGGAAGUUACCUGAAAUCUUUAGGGUUGGGACCUUAAUUCAUUAUGACAGAUGAUUGGUUAAACUUUUUGUAUAUCUUCCUGUCAGUGUUCCAGAAAUAAUAAUAAUGUUACUUAAUAAAAAAAAAAAUGCUGAAAUUAUUUGUGUUGGUAAAGGGGACCAUCUGUGUUAAACCACUGCUGAUGUGCAAUAUCCUGUUGGACCAAUGAACUUGACCGUUGUAUAAUAAUUGUGCACAAUGUACUAUUCAGACUGCCUUUGUUUUUAUGGAUGAGACUGACAGAUAGAAUGUGUCUACAUGCACUGAAAGUGUAACCUUUUAUCAAUAUUAAUGUAAGCCCCAAAAAGUAUGAGCUAUAAAUUAGACUUUUAGAAACGGCUUAAGCUUCUGCAGUGUUAGAGAUUCUGUUGCUUUAUGUGGAAGGUCACAUGUUACAUUAAAGCAUUUGUACGCUUUG